GGUUUAGUAUCACUUGCUGGAAAAGAGCCAAACCACCCAUCCUCCCAAAGGAAACCCAAAUUACACUGAAACUUAAGAAGAUGAGUGGGCAGCAGCGGCAGAGCAGCUCUUGCUGUGGUGGCGGUGGCGGCGGCGGCGGAGGAGGUGGAGGCUCUUCAUGCUGUGGCGGCGGAAGUAGUGGAGGAGGUUCCUCUGGACAACAGAUUCAAGGGAGCUGCUGCUGCAGUGGGGGUUCCUCUGGAUCCUCUGGUGGAAUGCAGCAGAUGCAAGGGUCUGGAUCUAGCUGCUGUGGCGGCGGAGGAUCGAGCGGCGGCGGCGGACAGAAGAUCAUCAUCGUCUCGGGAGGCAGUGGAGGUGGACAGUGCUGUGGUGGAGGUGGAAGCAGUGGAGGACAAUCUUCUGGAUGCUGCGUGGGGGGCAGUUCUGGUGGGGGAUCAAGCCAGCUCAAGAUUCCAUUGUUCAGUGGGGGCGGUGGCUGUGGAGGCAGUGGCUCCGGUGGAGUUAAGGUUAUAGUAGCAGGUGGAAGCGGGGGAGGAUCUGGAUGUUGCGUCUGCGGAGGGUCCAGUAGUGGAGGUGGCGGCUCAGGGGGUGGUGUAAAGAUUCUCGGUGGGGGAUCUGGAGGUGGUGGAGGAUGUGGCAGCUCAGCUGGCGGAAUUAAGGUUAUUUCUGGGGGAUCUGGAGGUGGUUGCGGAGGCGGCAGCUCAGGAGGUGGUGUAAAGAUUAUAGGUGGGGGAUCUGGAGGUGGCGGAGGAGGAGGUGGAUCUGAGGGUGGUGUGAAGAUUAUUGGUGGGGGAUCUGGAGGCGGUUGUGGAGGUGGUGGUGGAGGGGGUUGUGGAGGUGGCGGCUCCGGGGGUGGUGUUAAGAUUAUAAGUGGGGGAUCUGGAGGGGGUUGUGGAGGUGGCGGCUCCGGGGGUGGUGUUAAGAUUAUAAGUGGGGGAUCUGGAGGGGGUUGUGGAGGUGGCGGCUCCGGGGGUGGUGUUAAGAUUAUAAGUGGGGGAUCUGGAGGGGGUUGUGGAGGUGGCGGCUCCGGGGGUGGUGUUAAGAUUAUAAGUGGGGGAUCUGGAGGGGGUUGUGGAGGUGGCGGCUCCGGGGGUGGUGUUAAGAUUAUAAGUGGGGGAUCUGGAGGGGGUUGUGGAGGUGGUAGCUCAGGAGGUGGUGUUAAGGUUAUAGGUGGGGGAUCCAGUGGUGGUGGUGGUGGCGGCCAGAGUUCAGGUUGCUGUAGCGGGGGAGGGGGUGGAGGUAGCUCAGGUGGCAAGACCAUCAUCAUUUCGUCUGGUGGUGGUGGAGGUGGUGGCAGUGGAGGCCAGAGCUCUGGCUGCUGCCUGGGAGGAGGGUCCAGUGGUGGUGGUGGCCAGACCAUCAUCGUGCCAUGUGGUGGUGGUGGUGGCAGUAGUGGUGGUCAGAGUUCAGGAUGCUGCUCCCAAUCUAUGCAACAAAAGCAGAGCUGUGGUGGCCAGAGUUCUGGCUGCUGCAUUGGAGGAGGGUCCAGUGGUGGCGGCGGCUCAGGUGGCCAGGUCAUCAUAGUGCCAUCUGGAGGUAGCAGUGGUGGCCAGAGCUCUGGGUGCUGCAUCGGAGGAGGGUCCAGUGGUGGUGGCUCUGGUGGCCAGACCAUCAUUGUGUCACCUGGUGGGGGCAGUGGUGGCCAGAGCUCUGGGUGCUGCAUCGGAGGAGGGUCCAGUGGUGGUGGCUCUGGUGGCCAGACCAUCAUUGUGUCACCUGGUGGGGGCAGUGGUGGCCAGAGCUCUGGGUGCUGCAUCGGAGGAGGGUCCAGUGGUGGUGGCUCUGGUGGCCAGACCAUCAUUGUGUCACCUGGUGGGGGCAGUGGUGGCCAGAGCUCUGGGUGCUGCAUCGGAGGAGGGUCCAGUGGUGGUGGCUCUGGUGGCCAGACCAUCAUUGUGUCACCUGGUGGGGGGAGUGGUGGCCAGAGCCAGAGCUGCCUGGGAGGAGGAUCUGGUGGUGGUGGAGGUGGCUCAGGUGGCCAGACCAUCAUCGUGUCACCUGGUGGUGGUGGCAGCAGUGGUGGCCAGAGCAGCAUUGGAGGAGGGUGCGGAGGCGGCUCUCAGUCUAUGCAGCAAAAGCAACCCCUUGUAAUCCCACCCUCCAUAUGUCAAACCAAGCAGUCUUCCCAAUGGCCACUGGGCAAGAAGUAAACGUCUUCUUCUUUUUUGCACUGCGUCUUCAUUCAGCGACGAAUCAGAUCAAUGUGUCCGUAUUUCAGAUCCUUGUGGUAUGACCUCAGGCUAGUUAACCUUUGCAUGUUGCAUGCCUAGCUGUUCUGCAAAGCACUACCUUGUCUUCUCUUGUAUUUUUUUUUUAAUUGCAUGUGCUAUCAUCUGAAAAGUGUGACGGGUUGUACCUCUGUGGUGGAGGAGGUUGGUUUUAUCCUCCACCCAUUUCUUGCUCCUGUCUCCACUGAUGCGUUGGAGAUAAUACAGCUAACUUGACAUUGAAAAAAGCAAAAAAAAAAAAAAGUUUAUGCUGUCUUUCUUUCUCGGUCGUCGGUCCAGUGUAAUCUUUUAUCCAGA